AUGUCUAGCGACAGCGAUGUCGAUGCCGAGUGCGAAGCUCCGCCAUCGUCUAUAAACCCAUAUGAAGUGCUGGGCGUGGAAGAGAAGGCGAGUGCAGACGAGAUCAAGUCAGCCUACAGGAAACAGGCUCUUAGACACCAUCCAGACAAGGUCUCACCUGAAGCCAAAGAUGAAGCCCAUAAGAAAUUCCAGGAGAUCGCCUUUGCAUAUGCCAUCCUCUCUGACGAGCGGCGCCGCCGACGCUACGACACGACAGGCAACACAUCCGAGUCGCUGGAUCUAGAGGACGACGACUUCAACUGGUCCGACUUUUACUGCGAGCAGUUCAACGUCACCAUCGACGGCACGCUGCUGGAUAAGUUUAAGAGAGAAUAUAAGGGUUCAGAUGAAGAGAAGAGUGACCUGCUACGGGCAUAUGAGGAGUGCGAGGGCGACAUGGACGGUGUCUACGAGCAGGUCAUGGCCAGCGACGUACUGGAGGACGACAAGCGGUUUCGACGCAUCAUCAAGACCGCCAUCAAAGACGGAGCGGUAGCCGACUUCCCAGCGUUCUCGGAGGAGACAGUGGAGACCAAAAGGGCGCGGGCUAAAGCAGCAAGGAACGAGGCCAGCGAGGCUAUGGAGAUGGCUCGGGAGUUGGGUGUGGAGGAGCAGCUGUUCGGUGAGGGCGCGGACAGCAAGCAGGCGUCGGCCAAGGGCCAGGGAAAGGGAAACAAGAAGAAGAGCGGCGGGGAAGAUGCGUUGAUGGCGCUCAUCCAGCAGCGUCAGAAGAGCAGAUCAGACACCUUUCUGGCCAACCUCGAAGCGAAAUAUGCUCCGAAGCAGUCGAAGAAGCAAAAGAAGCGGGCUGCAGACGAACCGCCGGAAGAAGCCUUCCACAAGCCGCGAUCCCAGAAGCUGGACAAGGACCAGGACCCGAGACCACGCGAUAAUCGACGCAGGAAGAGGGCGUAG